AGAGCAUUUUCGCUCCUGACCAAUCACUUAUCCCCAGGAGCGGGGUGUGAGGGGAGGAAUCAGGUGUUAGGACCAGUGAUUGGCUGGAGAAAAUAGUCCUCCCCACCAAUGAGGAAGCCUGGCAGGAUGGAGGGCGAGGCCUGGCAGCUGUAGUGCUUCUGGGCAGUAGAGGCGCGGGGUGCGGAGCUAGGGCGGCCGAGAGCCAUGGCGGCGGUAGUGGUGGCGGCGGCAGUGCGAGCCCGGAUCCUGCAGGUUUCUUCCAAGGUGAAAUCCAAUUCUACCUGGUAUUCAGCAUCUUCCUUCUCUUCUUCAGUGCCAACUGUAAAGCUCUUCAUUGAUGGGAAAUUCGUUGAAUCCAAAAGUGACAAAUGGAUCGAUAUCCACAACCCAGCCACCAAUGAAGUCAUUGGUCGGGUCCCUCAGGCCACAAAGGCAGAAAUGGAUGCAGCCAUUGCUUCCUGCAAACGUGCCUUUCCUGCAUGGGCAGACACUUCAGUAUUAAGCCGCCAGCAGGUCUUGCUCCGCUAUCAACAACUUAUUAAAGAAAACUUGAAAGAAAUUGCCAAGUUAAUCACAUUGGAACAAGGGAAGACCCUAGCUGAUGCUGAAGGAGACGUAUUUCGAGGCCUUCAGGUGGUUGAGCAUGCCUGUAGUGUGACAUCCCUCAUGAUGGGAGAGACCAUGCCAUCCAUCACCAAAGACAUGGACCUUUAUUCCUACCGUCUGCCUCUGGGAGUGUGUGCAGGCAUUGCUCCAUUCAAUUUUCCCGCCAUGAUCCCCCUUUGGAUGUUUCCCAUGGCCAUGGUGUGUGGAAAUACCUUCCUAAUGAAACCAUCUGAGCGAGUCCCUGGAGCAACUAUGCUUCUUGCUAAGUUGCUCCAGGAUUCUGGUGCCCCUGAUGGAACGUUAAACAUCAUCCAUGGACAACACGAAGCUGUAAAUUUUAUUUGCGAUCAUCCGGACAUCAAAGCAAUCAGCUUUGUGGGAUCCAACAAGGCAGGAGAGUAUAUCUUCGAGAGAGGAUCAAGACAUGGCAAGAGGGUUCAAGCCAAUAUGGGAGCCAAGAACCAUGGGGUAGUCAUGCCAGAUGCCAAUAAGGAAAAUACCCUGAACCAGCUGGUUGGGGCAGCAUUUGGAGCUGCUGGUCAGCGCUGCAUGGCUCUUUCAACAGCAGUCCUUGUGGGAGAAGCCAAGAAGUGGCUGCCAGAGCUGGUGGAGCGUGCCAAAAACCUGACAGUCAAUGCAGGAGAUCAGCCUGGAGCUGAUCUUGGCCCUCUGAUCACUCCCCAGGCCAAAGAGCGAGUCUGUAAUCUGAUUGAUAGUGGAACAAAGGAGGGAGCUUCCAUCCUUCUUGAUGGACGAAAAAUUAAAGUGAAAGGCUAUGAAAAUGGCAACUUUGUUGGACCAACCAUCAUCUCGAAUGUCAAGCCAAAUAUGACCUGUUACAAAGAGGAGAUUUUUGGUCCAGUUCUUGUGGUUCUGGAGACAGAAACAUUGGAUGAAGCCAUCCAGAUUGUAAAUAACAACCCAUAUGGAAAUGGAACUGCCAUCUUCACCACCAAUGGAGCCACUGCUCGGAAAUAUGCCCACUUGGUGGAUGUUGGACAGGUGGGAGUGAAUGUCCCCAUUCCAGUCCCUUUGCCAAUGUUCUCAUUCACCGGCUCUCGAUCCUCCUUCAGGGGAGACACCAAUUUCUAUGGCAAACAGGGCAUCCAAUUCUACACUCAGUUAAAGACCAUUACUUCUCAGUGGAAAGAAGAAGAUGCUACUCUUUCCUCACCUGCUGUUGUCAUGCCUACCAUGGGCCGUUAGAAACAAGUUUGUUUAAGACUGACUCCAUCCUGAGUAAUCAAUCCCCCUUUAUUUUUGACCAGCUUCAUUUGUCAGCUUUGCUCAGAUCAGAUCUAUGGGAUUGGAAUACAUUGUAACUAAAAUCUUCCUCAGGACUAUUAACCCCUGCAAAGUUUCUAUAGGGAACUGCCUAGUGUAACAAUGAAACCAGAUUUCUCACUUGCUCUUCAUACUUCUAUUUUUGAGGUAACUGUUGUAACUAUGAAAUGCUCAUCUGAAAUGAGUGCUUAAACCUGAUUUCUAAAAAUUAUCCCCUUUUCUGAUGAUUUGAAGGGGAGAAAAGCCAGUGUAUGUAAAGAAAAUGUUCCGGCCAGGCAUGGUGGCUCACGUCUGUAAUUCCAUCAUUUUGGGAGGCCAUAGUGGGCAGAUUGCUUGAGGCCAGGAGUUGAAGAACAUGGCGAAACCCCGUAUCUAUUUAAAAAAAUGGAAAAAGUAAAAAAAGAAAAGGGAAAAAAAAAUUUUUUUAAAGAAGAUGUUCCAGCCGGGCGCGGUGGCUCACGCCUGUAAUCCCAGCACUUUGGGAGGCCGAGGCGGGCGGAUCACAAGGUCAGGAGAUCGAGACCAUCCUGGCUAACAUGGUGAAACCCCGUCUCUACUAAAAAUACAAAAAAUUAGCCGGGCGAGGUGGCAGGCGCCUGUAGUCCCAGCUACGCGGGAGGCUGAGGCAGGAGAAUGGCGUGAACCCCGGGGGGCGGAGCCUGCAGUGAGCCGAGAUCGCGCCACUGCACUCCAGCCUGGGUGAAAGAGCGAGACUCCGUCUCAAAAAAAAAAAAAAAAAAAGAAGAUGUUCCAAUAAUUGCAAGAAGAACUCUUAGAUGGGCAAACAGGACAAAAAUAACUCUACCGCUUUUGGUUGAUCCUCAAACAGCGCUAAAUGCCACUGGGAGAGACCUCCUGCAAAGUUUUCUUUAGCCCCUCUUUUAUCCCACAAUACACAAGAUAUAAUCCAUUUUUAUAUAUCCCAAAGUUGUGGCAACAGCUUCUUUCUUUUCUGCUCAAUGCCACUUUGUUUCCUAGUAAUUCAUGACCACUAUUAAUUCUAUCAUUGUCACUGCUCCUGCUUCUUAAGAUCACUUCUCAAAGAUACCUCAGUAAGCAAUGGAAAAAUCAACUUUUUGUUAUAUGUGCCAAGUACUAAGUUUCAGGGUUCUCUUCAGCAAUCAUUAAUUAAUGCUUUAGCCAUUAAUUCAGAUGCAAAUAAUUUUUCUUUUUUUUGAGAUGGAGUUUUGCUCUUGUUGCCCAGGCUGGAGUGCAAUGGCGCGAUCUCAGCUCACCACAACCUCCACCUCCCAGGUUCAAGCGAUUCUCCUGCCUCAGCCCCCCUAGUAGCUGGGAUUACAGGCAUGCGCCACCACACCCAGCUAAUUUUGUAGUUUUAGUAGAGACGGGGUUUCUCCAUGUUGGUCAGGCUGGUCUCGAACUCCCGACCUCAGGUGAUCCGCCUGCCUCGGCCUCCCAAAGUGCUGGGAUUACAGGCAUGAGCCACCACACCCGGCCAGAUGCAAAUAAUUUUCUUAGAAAAUUAUUUCAAAAGUUAUUUUAGGUCCAGAAAUCAAGGAGUGUUCCAACCAUGAAAAUGGGUAAGACACCUGCCUUAAGCAAAUCUAACCUGCUAUUACUUGCCAAAUUUUAUAUAUUCUUUUCUCUUGCCUGUAUUUCUAAUUAGUGAUUUUUUUAAUGAAGAAUUCUUCAUGUAGAGCAACAGACCAGGCCUAAGAAAUUUUGAAGCUUUUCAUGACAUAAAGUGGUUAAAAAAAAAAAAUGCUUUGAUAGUCUUCUUCUGCCAUUAGUUCAACUGCCUUUACGCUUUUUUUUUUUUGAGACAGAGUUUCGCUCUUGUUGCCCAGGCUGGAGUGCAAUGGUGUGAUCUCGGCUCACUGCAACCUCCGCCUCCCGGGUUCAAGCAAUUCUCCUGCCUCAGUCUCCUGAGUAGCUGGGAUUUCAGGCAUACGCCACCAUGCCUGGCUAAUUUUGUAUUUUUAAUAGAGACGGGGUUUCUCCAUGUUGGUCAGGCUGGUCUCGAACUCCCGACCUCAGGUGAUCCGCCUGCCUUCGCCUCCCAAAGUGCUGGGAUUACAGGUGUGAGCCACCACCCCCAGCUGCCUUUAUGCUUUUUGUUUCUUUGAUAUAUCUAAACUUAAGGUCAGAACAGAAAUUCAUGUGCUGAACAGAAUGGAUUCUUUUUGCAGUACCAUCCCAAUUGAAUCCUCUUUUUAUUUUCCUGCGUCCUUACUAGUCACUUUGAUAGUACUAACUAACCUACAUUAUGGGGUUUAUUCAUGAAUUAAGGAUGAUAAAAAAAAAAAAAAAAGACCUUGAAAAUGUUGUGUACCCUGUGGAUUUGAGGCUUAUUACUACCACCUGGCUGGAUAAAAUGUCAAAACCUUCAAUCACUUAAGGUGACUGGAACUUUUGUAAAAUACACUUAUGAUCCUACUGGGCCUUUUUCUUUUUUGUGCUUUCCUAAAUAUGAGGCAAUAGAAAUUUAUAAUUUGA